AUGUCUGUCCUGCUGAUGCUGUGUGUCCCGCUCCUGGCCCUGGCGACCCCGGGCCGAGGCACCCGGCGAUGGGAACCCUGCACAGACCUGCGCCCCCUGGACAUCCUGGCAGAGGCCCUCCCUCCAAAUGGCGCUGCGGGCGGAAUCAGGGUGACACAGGCGAAUGGCGUGCGAGGACUCCAGCUCUCGGCCGCCGCCCCCCACGCCAUGAGCUUCCCCGCAUCGAGGAUUUUCUUCCAAUGCGACCUCUUCCCUGAAGAAUUUUCGAUCGUCAUAACCUUGAAAGUUCCCAAUCUUCCCCCUAAGGUCAGUGAUGCUUUUUACUCAUGUCCAGCUAAUAUUCCCAUCCCCCCACCAGGCUGGAAGCCCCCCAAGGUGAGGCCCCCAGGGGCCCGUUGCUGCUUCCCCAUGGGGCCCAGGACAGUGCACUUCAUAGCCAGCGGCCCCGAGUGGAUCCGCAGGGCCCGAGCCUUCGCGGCCGCGGACGUCAGCCCCACCGCCCCCGCCAUGGCCGCGUCCACCCUGUCCGUCUGCUCCAGCGACCUGAGCUAUGGCAGCCGCGUCUGCCUGCCCGGGGCCUCGGACUCCUGCCCCGACUCCUCCUGGCAGGUGGACGACUGCCCAGAGAGCUGCUGUGGACGACUGCCCAGAGAGCUGCUGCGAGCCCCCGUGCUGCGCCCCGGCCCCCUGCCUGACCCUCCUGUGCGGACCCUCCUCCCCCUGCCAGGGAGACUGCUGCACCCCUGCAUGCUGCAAGCCCGUGUGCUGCACCCCUGUCUGCUGCAAGCCCGUCUGCUGCACCCCUGUGUGCUGCAACCACCCUCAAAUGUUUUCAGAAUGGCUGACGUGCCCUUCCCGGCCACCCUCUCGGUGCGAGGAGCCCGGUUCUUCAUCGGCAGCCGGAAGAGGACCAAAGGCCUGUUCACGGGCCUGGUGAGGCAGCUGGUCUUACUGCCUGGCUCGGAUGCCACCGCAAGGCUCUGUCCCUGCAGGAGUCCCGAGUUGGCUGUGCUGUCCAUCCCCCCAGUCCUGCAGGGCCCCCCGGGGAAGCCAGAAGAUAAUGAGGUGCUAAAAUAUCCCUAUGAAACCGACCUGAAGGUGACUCUGGGGUCCCGGCCUCCAUGCACCAAAAUGGAGGAUGCCCAGUUCUGGUUUGAUGCUAGCCGGAAGGGGCUGUUCCUGUGUGUGGGCAGCCAGUGGGUCUCCGUGUUAGCAGCCAAGGAGAAACUGGACUACGUGGAAGAACAUCAAAGCCUGUUCACCGACUCGGAGACGCUGGGCAUCGAGGUCUUUGCCAUCCCCGAGGCCGGGCUCUUCGUGGCAGCCGCCAACCGCAAAGCCACGUCCGCCAUCUACAAGUGGACCGAUGGGAAGUUCGCUUCCUACCAGAACAUUCCCACGCACCAGGCACAGUCCUGGAGACACUUCACCAUUGGGAAGAAGGUAUUCCUGGCUGUGGCUAAUUUUGAACCGAAUGAAAAGGGCCAGGAGUUCUCUGUCAUUUACAAAUGGAGCCAGAGGAAACUGAGGUUCACACCGUACCAGAGGGUCCCCACCCACAGCGCCCGGGACUGGGAAGCCUUCGAGAUGGCCGGGGAGCACUUCUUGGCCGUGGCCAACCACAGGGAAGGUGAUAACCACAACAUCGACAGCGUCAUCUACAAGUGGAACCCGAGGACCCGACUCUUCGAGGCCAACCAGACCAUUGCCACCUCGGGCGCCUACGACUGGGAGUUCUUCACCGUGGGGCCCUACUCCUUCCUGGCGGUGGCCAACGCCUUCAACGGCACGUCCACCAAGGUGCACUCCCACCUGUAUGUCUGGCUCCUCGGCUCCUUCCAGCUGUUCCAGGCCUUCCUGACGUUCGGCGCCGCGGACUGGGAGGUGUUUCACAUCGGAGAGAGGGUCUUCCUGGCCGUCGCCAACAGUCACAGCUACGACGUGGAAAUGGAAGCACGCAACGACUCCUACGUCAUCAACUCGGUCAUCUACGAGCUGAAUGUCACCGCGCAGACCUUCGUCAGGUUCCAGGAGAUCACCACCUGCAGCGCUCUGGACUGGGAGUUUUUCUCGGUGGGAGAAGAUUAUUUCCUGGUGGUCGCAAACUCCUUCGACGGAAACACCUUCCUGGUAAACAGUAUUAUUUACAGGUGGCAGGGGUAUGAAGGGUUCGUGGCCGUGCACAGCCUCCCGACCUUCGGCUGCAGAGACUGGGAGACCUUCCGCACCGCGGCGGGUUCCUACCUCGUCUACUCCAGCGCGAAGGAGCCCCGCUCCCGGGUGCUGAAGCUGAGGACGGGGUGA